AUGGCUGCAAACAUACAAACCAUCCAUUUCCGUCGUCCUGAACCCAAAACGACUCCUGCGCCAAUUGUGAAGCCCAAGAAUCGGCAUGCUGGAAUCCUUCAAGACCAACUGCGCAGAGCCCAGCGCGGACCGUGGUGUCCAAGCUUCUCAACCGCGCUGAAGAUCUUUUUGCUCAUUCGUGUCGCGGGAGCUAUGUACUCGAAUAUACAAGAUUGUGACGAAGUCUUUAAUUUCUGGGAACCACUGCAUUACCUUGAUCGUGGGUAUGGCUUCCAGUCUUGGGAGACGUCGCCUGUGUACUCCAUACGCAGCUGGGCAUAUACCAUGCUUCACCUUUUACCAACACAGAUAGCGAAACUCUUGGUUGGCGGUGAGAAGAGGCCUGCUUUCUUCGCAGUGCGAUUGACCCUGGCCGCUAUUUCGUCCGUGUGCGAGACCGCAUUUUACAGGGCAGUAGUGGAAAGGAUCAAUUAUAGGGUCGGCAGAUACGUGUUCUUCAUGCUCUUGUUUAGCGCAGGAAUGUGGACAGCUUCGACCGCGUUCUUGCCUUCGUCCUUCGCUAUGUACGCGAACACCCUCGCCUUUUCCUUCGCCUUGGAGCCGUCCGGCUCUAGCAACAUGAAGCGUACUCUAUUUGCGACGCUGUCUUUCGCAGCUGGGGCAAUCAUUGGUUGGCCUUUCGCGUUGGCAGUUGCUAUCCCAUUUGUGUUUGAAGAGUUGUUCAUGUUUGGUGCUGACCGCGUUCCUCCGGAGCUCAAAUUGUCCUGGAUGCUGAAAAGGUGGAAAAGAAUGCUUGUUUGCGGAGCUGUUGCUUCCUUACUUUUCAUCCCCGUUGUUGCUCUUGACACACUAUUCUACGGCAAGCUUACGUUGGUCCCGUGGAAUAUCGUCAAGUACAACGUUUUCCCGGAUUCCCAGAGUGGCCCGGAUCUCUAUGGCACUGAACCCGCGUCUUAUUAUCUCUCGAAUCUUCUGCUGAACUUCAACGUCCUGGUCCCUCUUGCGAUUGCCGCGCUUCCCGCGCUGGCAAUCACGUACCGCUUCGACCGUAGGCGUCUCGGAGAGCGUACUCCUACUGCCGAUCAGAGUUCACCAUUUAUACUGUUGGCGGUUCGGCUUGCACCGAUGUAUAUAUGGAUGCAAGUCAUGACCGCGCAGAGUCAUAAAGAAGAGCGUUUCAUGUUCCCUAUCUACCCGCUAAUUUGUUUCAAUGCGGCGGUGACCUUGUAUCUCAUGCGAGGCUGGCUAGAGACUGCGUUCGUGAAAGUCACCAAAUCGCCGUACAGGGCAUCAAUCUCCCCGCUGUUCCGUCGCUUCACCCUCUCCGUUAUCACCGCCUUCUGCGUGCUGUCCGUUUCUCACAUUCUCACACAAUGGGAGUAUUACCAUGCACCGCUCACGGUCAUUUAUUCAUUGGAAGGGGAGGAGAUCCCUCGCAUCCUGAACGCGACUGGCCACAUUCAUCUGGCCUCUCCAACGGACAAAGUGGGUCAAGAUCAACUGGAGAUGGAGCCGCGGAUUGACCUAAACUUGAUCCGGCCUUUCAACCUCCGGCUGUGCAUAGGGAAAGAGUGGCAUCGGUUCCCUGGACACUACCUUGUGCCCGAUGGCGUGCGCGUUGAUUGGGUGAAGAGCGAGUUUGACGGGAUGCUGCCUGGACACUUCUUGGAGACAUACAUCGAUGGUGGUCUGAUUGAGCGGGUGCAAGGCACGAGGGCGAUUCCCACCGGACUUAACGACCUGAACAAAGAGGCACCCGAGUUCUACGUGGACAUCUCUGAAUGCGACUACCUCAUGGACCUCGACUUCCCCUUGCAUCCUGUGUCGUCGUUGCACGAGCCGAGAUACGCUGCGGACAACGCCACGUGGGAGCGAGUGAAGUGCAAGCCGUUCCUGGAUGCACGGAAUUCGUGGAUCCUGAGCAGAACGUUGUGGAUGCCAGGCAGCAGGUGGCAGGAGGGGAACGAGUUCGGUGACUUCUGUCUGCUGAAACACAAGAAGAAUGUGGAGAAGAAAGAAAAGGCGAUGAUGGUCCACUGA